AUGUCCGCCCCAGCAGGCGACGGCUUCGGCCAAUUCCAGGGUCAGCCGCAACAUCAGCAGCCCGAUGCUCCAGUCGACGCAGGUGUUGCCGGCGCCGCGCCCAAGAAGAAGAAGCGUGGCUAUGCCGCUGGCGCCUUUGAUGUCGCUACUGGCGCCAAUGCUGGUGGCCAGAUGCCGGGCGCCGCGCCACCUGCUCCCCAGUACGGCGGCUACCCCCAGGUCGACAUGCAGCAGCAGCAGCAGCAGCAGCAGCAGCAGGCUGCUGGCGGGUAUCAGUACGGCCAGACAUACGGCGCUCCCCAGCCGGGUGCUCCUCAACAAGGCUAUGGCGGAUACCCUGCCCCCGACCAGGCCGCUCAGACCGGCGGGCAAGAUGUCGCCGGCAUCACACAGGGCGUCGCAGGUAUGAACAUGGGCGCCCAGCAACCGCCUUCGAUGCCAAUGGCUCCUCAAGCUCGCCAAGCUGCCCUCAACCAGCUCUACCCCUCGGACCUGUUGAGCCAGCCUUUCAAUGUCGCCGAGCUUGAUCUGGCACCGCCGCCGAUCAAUCUCCCUCCCAAUUCUAGCGUUACUCGUUCUGAGACAGCUAAUUGCCCUCCCAAAUACAUUCGCUCGACUCUCAAUGCGGUCCCCACGACCAAUUCGCUGUUGAAAAAGUCCAAGCUACCACUCUCACUCGUUAUCCAGCCGUAUGGCUCUCUCCACGACGACGAAGACAAUGUUCCUGUUGUUCAGGAUCAGGUCAUUUCUCGCUGCCGACGCUGCAGGACUUACAUCAACCCAUACGUCACAUUCAUGGACCACGGCCACCGAUGGCGCUGCAACAUGUGCAAUCUAACCAAUGACGUUCCGCAGGCUUUUGAUUGGGACUCUGCUACUCAAAAGACUGUUGACAGAUGGCAGCGACCUGAGCUGAACCACGCCGUUGUCGAAUUUGUUGCGCCCCAAGAGUACAUGGUCAGGCCUCCCCAGCCUCUAGUCUACCUGUUCCUCUUUGACGUCAGCUACGCCGCCAUCUCCAGCGGCCUGCUCGCCACCAGUGCCCGCACGAUUCUUGACAGCCUCAACCGCAUUCCCAAUGCCGACAGACGCACUCGCAUUGGUUUUAUGGCUGUCGACGCAAGCCUGCACUACUUCUCCAUUCCCAAGGACGAGGACGAGAAUGCGGAGGUUAGUAUGCUUGUUGUCAGCGAUUUGGAGGAGCCUUUUCUUCCUGUCCCCCACGAUUUACUCGUGCCUCUGUCCGAGUCUCGCCAGAGUGUCGAGAGGUUCCUGCAGAAGCUGCCCGAAAUGUUUCAGAACAAUCAGAGCAACAAUUCAUGCAUGGGACCUGCCCUGCGCGCCGGUCAUAAGCUCAUCUCUUCUCUCGGUGGAAAAAUCAUUGUUCUGACUGCUUCUCUGCCCAAUGUUGGCGCUGGCAAGCUCGAGAUGCGCGAAGACAAGAAGGUCCUCGGCACAUCCAAGGAGGGCGCGCUGCUACAAACUGGCAACAGCUUCUACAAGAGCUUUGCUGUGGAGUGCUCCAAGAAUCAGGUCUCUGUCGACAUGUUCUUAUUUUCGUCCCAAUACCAAGACGUUGCCUCGCUCAGCAACCUCCCCAGGUACACUGGUGGUCAGACCUGGUUCUAUCCUGGCUGGCACGCUUCUCGACCCGAGGAUGCGCUCAAGUUUGCUUCCGAGUUCAGCGAUCAUCUUUCUUCCGAGAUUGGUCUCGAGGCUGUUCUUCGUGUGCGUGCCACCACUGGCCUUCGCAUGAACACAUUCUAUGGCAACUUUUUUAAUCGCAGCUCCGACCUCUGCUCUUUCCCCGCUUUUCCCCGCGAUCAGUGCUAUGUUGUCGAAGUUGCGAUUGACGAGAACCUGACCAAGAACGUGGUUUGCUUCCAGGCUGCCAUUCUCCACACAACUUGCAACGGCGAGCGUCGCAUCCGCGUCUUGACCGUCGCUCUGCCCACGACCACUAACCUAUCGGAUGUUUAUGCCUCGGCUGACCAGUGCGCUAUCACAACUUACUUUACCCACAAGGCGGUUGAGAGAGUUCUCAGCAGCGGCCUGGACGCGGCCCGCGACGCGCUGCAAGCCAAGGUUACAGAGCUCCUUCAGACUUUCAGAAAAGAGCUAGCUGGUGGCAGCAUGGGCGGUGGUUUGCAGUUCCCUGCCAAUCUGCGUGGCCUGCCCAUACUGUUCCUCGGUCUGAUGAAGAAUGUCGGUCUUCGCAAAUCGGCGCAGAUCCCCACUGAUAUCCGAUCUGCGGCCCUCUGUCUGCUCUCCACCCUGCCCGUGCCUCUACUGAUGCGCUACAUUUACCCCCGCUUGUACUCGCUGCACGAUAUGCCUGAUACGGCCGGCAUCAGUGAUGGCGAAACUGGACAGAUUGUGCUGCCGCUGCCUCUGAACCUCACCUCUGAGAGGCUGGCCUCACACGGCCUGUAUCUGAUUGAUGAUGGACAGACGCAGUUCCUCUGGGUUGGCCGCGACGCCGUUCCCCAGCUUAUCGCCGAUGUCUUUGGCGUCGACGACCGCACGAAUAUCCAUGUCGGUAAGGGCCGCGUACCCGAGCUAGAAGGAGAUUUCAACGAGAGAGUACGUGCCGUGGUUCAAAAGAGCAGAGACCAUCGCUCCCUCGGUGUUGGCAGCAUUACGGUGCCUCAUCUGUAUAUUGUGCGCGAGGACGGCGAGCCUAGUUUGAAGUUGUGGGCUCAAACACUGUUGGUAGAGGAUCGUGCGGACCAGAGCGUCAGCGCCGCCCAGUGGCUGGGCAUUUUGCGAGAGAAGGUUGUGCAGUAA